AUCUUCUGGACACUCACACCUUCUUUCUGCCAAAACCAUAUCAACAAUUUUCAGAAGUUUCAGAUCAACAAACCUCAAAUUGAGCGCUGAAAAUCGCAGAAAAUGGCUUUACAGACGAGUUUGUGUCUUCAUCGUUCACCAUCUCUUUCUCCUUCUCCUUCUCAUUCUUUCCUCCCAUUUGGGUCUCUCCAGCUCAAGCCUCAGAAUCUCGUUCUUCAGGAAAUUGUGCAUCAUUUUGACGUACCAAUAUUGCGGAACUUUAGGAAGGGCUGUAGACUUAAUGUUGAGAGGUUUUCUAAACUUCAGAUGUUUCAAAGGGAAUUGGCAAUGGAAUCUCAAUCAUCGACAAUGCUUGAGAGUUGUCAACCAGAAAAAGGCCUACCAUUAUUUGUAUCUGCUUUCUCAUCAGGGCAACUUUUAUGGCUGAUUUCUGCUGAAUCAGUAUUUGCUAGGGAAGAAAUCAAAACGAAUGCAGUUUACGAGAUCGGGGAGUUAUUUGAAUUAGGAAUACAGUUAUCUUAUCUAUUAAUACUAUUAGGUCUUCUUGGGGUUGGAACCUUCUUCGUGAUACGUCAAGUUCUUGUUCGUAGAGAACUCGAUCUUUCUGCUAAAGAACUGCAAGAACAAGUGAGAAGUGGUGAUGCCAGUGCUAUGGAGUACUUCGAACUUGGUGCAGUGAUGCUGAGGAGGAAGUUUUAUCCUGCUGCCACGAAGUUUUUGCUUCAGGCAAUCGAUAAGUGGGACGGGGAUGAUCAAGAUCUUGCGCAGGUUUACAACGCGCUCGGGGUUAGUUAUGUGCGUGACGAAAAGCUGGACAAGGGAAUUACCCAGUUUGAAACUGCUGUAAAGCUUCAACCUGGGUAUGUUACAGCUUGGAACAAUCUUGGAGAUGCAUAUGAGAAAAAGAAAGAAUACACGUCUGCUCUGAAAGCUUUCGAAGAAGUUCUUCUAUUCGACCCGAACAACAAACUUGCUCGGCCAAGACGAGAUGCGUUGAAGGACCGUGUGGAGAUGUACAAAGGAGUUCCUGUGAAAUCUAAGAACAAAUGAUGAUCAUGUCCCUGGUUUUCUGCCGAUUUUGUUGAAAAUGAGAAUUUACAUUCAUUAAUGUAUUAGAUUAUAUUAGAGUUAUGAAUCCGAUGUUGCUGUGUAUGGUAACUAAAAAAGUAUACAUAAUUGAAUGUGUAGCUUUGUUUUCUAAAA